AUGAGACAAGCACCGAAUAUUAUCGUGACCGGAACCCCUGGCGUGGGCAAAACCACACACAGCGAGAACUUGGCGGAACGAACUGGACUUCGACAUGUUUCGGUGAACCAAAUAGUCAAGGAUAAGGAAUGUCAUGAAGGUUGGAGUGACGAAUAUCAGAGCUGGAUUGUGGAUGAAGACAAGUUGCUAGAUGCUAUUGAGGAGGACGUCCAGCUGGGCGGUUGUGUAAUUGAUUGGCACGCCUGUGAUCUUUUCCCACGGAGCUGGAUAGAUUUGGUUGUGGUUUUAAGAGUGGAUUCGUCCACACUGUAUGACAGAUUAACAGCAAGAAACUACGCGGAUGCUAAGCUUCAGGAGAACCUGGACUCUGAGAUUAUGGAGGUGUUACUUCAGGAGGCACGGGAGGCAUUUGACGAGGAGAUUGUCAUUGAAUUACCAAGCAACACCUCUGACGAGAUGGAUUCGAACAAGGAGAACCGAAGGUCACUUUCGGAUAAAGGUGAUAAAAUGGCACCCUGUGUUAACUUUGUGACCGGCAAUGCAAACAAGCUUCGGGAAGUUAAGGCGAUCCUUGAGCCUGGGAUUGAAGUCCGAAGCAAUCCUCUUGAUAUUGAGGAGGUUCAAGGUACUAUUGAGGAGGUGACCGAGUCCAAGUGCCGUAAAGCCGCUGAGAUAGUCAACGGCCCGGUGCUUGUUGAAGAUACCGCUCUGUGCUUUAAUGCGCUAGCAGGUCUGCCGGGACCUUAUAUCAAAUGGUUCUUGGCAGAUAUUGGUCAUGAGGGGUUGAAUAAUCUCCUAGCCGCAUAUGCAGACAAGUCUGCUGAGGCCGUCUGCACCUUUGGCUACUCCGACGGGCCAGGUCACAAACCAAUAAUCUUCCAAGGCCGAUGUCCGGGGAAAAUCGUGCCUGCGAGAGGCCCAGCUCACUUCGCUUGUCUCACAGGAUGGGAUCCCAUAUUCGAGCACCAGGGCAAAACGUUCGCUGAAAUGGAUGGAGCCGAGAAAAACGCGGUGUCUCAUCGAAGUCGCGCACUAGACAAGCUCCAGAAGUGGUUUAAAGACCAGCCUUAA